AUGGCUACAGAAAGCGUGCCGACACCGGAGUCGGAAUUGAGACCUCGUAUUCCAUCACUACAGAAGAUGUGCACAUCUGUAGCGGCUCAGGCCCUCGUUCGACCUGGCAGGGAGACAUUCGCGCUGGAGCGCAGAGCGCACCUAGUAGUCAUGUACCAGAUACGGACAUUUGAAAAUCUGAGGCGCUUUACGGCGUUCGAUCUACUGGAAUACGUUGCACAUCGAUGUCCGGAGCUGCUUACCGAUGAGCUGGCUGGCCUCGUUCUGGGCCAUUCGUAUAAGUUCUGUGAUGUAAACCUUUCCCACUGCACCAGCAUAACGCAGGAGUGUUUGGUCGACUGGAGCAAGGCGUUCUUCUGCAAAAGUAGUGAAUGUGCAAGUAGCGAGAGCUCAGCUGCAGCUAAGGCAGCAGAUUCUCAGACACAGAGGAUUUACAGCAAGGUAUCAACCCUGGACAUCAGUAACACAGACUUGUUCAAAGUAGACAACAAUCUCCCGGCCAGCACGGAAUGGUGGCAGCGUGUCCUCCGUCCUUUGGUAACGUCCCUCAUUCAAGUGAACGUGAGCAACACAGCAAUCAGCGACAGAGGUGUUGAGGUUCUGCUAACAACGUGCACACAACUGCAGAAGCUGGAUAUAUCGCACUGUCAACGGUUGACCAACAGCAUGUUGGAUUUUGUCAGCGUCGAUCCUCCAGUGUCUGUGUCAGAGGCCGGUGAUCGAGAACACCAUCAGCUUGAUCCCAGCGCUAUGCCUGCUGUUGUCAUUGCACGGAACCUGAGGCAUGUAUUGGCCUGCAACACGAAUCUGGGCUUCGAAGCUAUACGCAACCUAGCGCUGAUGUGCCAAAAUCUCUUGGAGACCGUGGACAUUAGUCUGUGUGACAGUCUCACCACUACUGCUCUGCUGUGCCUGAGUGGUUACGCAGUGGACAAACUAACGCCGGAUAAUCCACCUGGCGAUGUAUACUUGCAAUCUCGCCUGUCUGCUACCCCGGAAGUCACAGACACUAUGCGGCAGCGUCUGUAUCACUGUGGGUAUGUUAUCCGAGGACGGGCAUUCACACCUAAUCUUUCAACGGUGAACAUUACUGCGGUGCCUAGGGCAGACACUGAGAGUGACAUUUGUGCAGCACUGUUCUUCAUGAACACCUCCCCUACUCUGCAGCGACUGACCUGUGGCUCAUUAAUGGGAGUCGUACAGGCAAAGGAUACAAAGCACCUUAGAAAGUAUGCAUACCGUGAAGUCACUCGAACAACAGACCUAACUCUUGAUGACCUCGUCAAAUUCUCCACUGAGCACCACCAUUUGCAACACUUGAAUUUAGUUCGUAUAGCCACUCCUCUAAAUCCACAAGUGGACAUUGCCCAAAUCUUCCACAUGGGCCAGAUGCCCUGGCUCUCAUUCAAGUGCCAUGACGAUGAUUUGAGUGCAGACAGGUUUGCGGGUAUUAUUCAUAUUGCUUCACCAACGCUGGAAACACUGCAGCUAGUGAAUACACGCAAUAUCUCAGACAAUGUGCUUUGUCUCAUCUUGAGGCACUGCAGAUCCCUGACAGUUCUUCAGCUGAAAGAUAAUCACAUUGGACCUGAAGUCAUUGACAGCCUUCUGGAUAGCUGUCCUCCAAGGCUUACCGAACUGUCACUGCCCAAUGGUUCCCCACUCCUGCUUAAUGAGCAUGUUGCGGAAUGUGUGGCUCAGUCUUGCCCACUCCUGGAGAAAGUGUAA